CUCGUAAAUACGUUUUUAAAUUAUAAAUAAAUCAAUGAAAUAUUAUAAGAAAGGAGAAUUGCUUUGCUUCAUAGGAACGUGGGUGCCUUUUGGUAUAUUAGUCACAAUAUUUUUAUUCUUCUAUGGAGUAUAUAUGAAGGUAAGAGAAUAUUGAAUAAUAUUAAAGACUUAUUUGUUACCAUUAAUAUAAUAAGAAUAUUAUCAAAGACCAAUAGUAGAAUUAAAUACAUAUUUGAUUCAAUUAGUACACAUAAAUGACUAUGUCUUCAGCAAUUCAACAUUGGUGAUAACGAUAUCAUUACAUACAAUCCUUAUUCUUUUUUUAAUAUCAUUAAUAAGUACAGUAAUAAUAGUACCUGGGAAAGUGCCCCAAGAAUGGUUAUAAAAGGUGGAUGCAGAAAUAAAUAAGAUGAUAUAGAAUGAAGAGAAUAUGAUUAAUUUUUAAAAAAAGGGUUCACGAACAUCAACUUCAUUUUCUUCAGAAAUAGAAGAUGAACAACGCAUAUAAUUAAAUAUUAAAGCAAGAAAAGAAUUUAUAGAUAAGUCAGGUCAUCGUUUCUGUAAGACAUGUUAAGCUUUUAAACCUAAACGAUGUCAUCAUUGUCGUUAAUGUAAAACAUGUUGGUUGAAAAUGGAUCAUCAUUGUUAAUGGCUUAAUAAUUGUAUAGGUUAAAACAAUUAUAAACUAUUCAUCAAUCUACUUAGUUAUUCCUGUAAUGAAUUCAUGUUAUUUAGGGUUACUACUAAGUUUCAUAAUAAUCACUUACAGUCGAUGCUAUUAUGACACAUUGAAUUCAUAUUCUUCAGAUGGCAAACUAUUUCUAGUAUCUUUUACUUUUCUAUUAUGCUGUUUCUUCUGGAUCCUAUUAACAGCUUUCACUUUAUUCCAUUUAUGGUACUCAAAUGCAUUAUAGUGAGAUAAAUAGGGCGAUAAUAAAAAACAUCACAACCCUUGAAUAUUGUGAGAGUAAACCAAAAGAAUCAAUUCAGAAAAGUGUUCUAGACAAUGUAACAGAAGUGUUUGGUAUCAAUCCUUUAAUUUGGCUACUACCAAUUUAGCCAAACACAAAACCAAUAAUGGAUUGAGAAAC